ACGAGUGAAAGGAAUGUAGGGGUGUUUACUGAAUAGAAUACUGCUAUAUAUAUAUAUAUAUUUUUUUUUCUGCCAAUCCAAAGGCCUGCCGGAGCGAUCUCGAGCCACCUAUAGGAUCAGGAUCAAGUUGAAGGAGGGCCGUUGAAAAGGCAAUUAUCAACUAGUAUCUACACCUGCUCUGCCUCUGCCAAUUAUUUUUCCCUCUGAUCACCGGAACCAGGAGGGGGUGACACUCUGAAGGGGCAGAAGGCAGAGGAGGACACAGAGCAGGGAGUAAGGCGGGGAACAACCACACCAGCGUCACACUAUGGCAGAGUUCGGAGCUCACAUCACAAUUACUGCGAGAAAUCGUCCAUCAAUUUUUGACGUAGUGGCACAAGACAGCUUGAUGUCCACACUGAAUCCAGCUGUUAAACACGUCCUGAAGGUUGUUGCAGAGAGUAAUCCAGAAAGGUUUGGCUGGUGUCUUCAGUACAGCAGUGAAGUGUUCAUGAUCUUCAACCUUUUCAUACAACACCACUACCUCUCAAAUUACGGUUCAUCCUUCGCGGAAAACUUUUACGACCUGAAAAGAGUAGAGUUGACUUCAAAAGCAGAGAAGAAGCCACUAACUUUAUCACAAGCAGCUUACAUCAAGUCACAGUUUGCCCUUGUUGCCUUCCCUUACAUCCACACACAACUGGAUCAGAUUUAUCAAGAACAUCAAGAAAAUCAAGAUGAAAUGCCUUCAAAUCAGGGAUGGAGAACAAAGCUUAGAAGUAUUUUUUUGAAGUGUUGGCCAGUGGUGCACUUUGCCUGGGAGCUCCUCACUUUGAUUUUCUAUGUCAGAUAUGUUAUUGGGAAGAGCAAGUUUCACAGUCCUCUCUUGUUGAUGUGUGGGAUUCAGUUAGCCACUCUCAGCAAAGAAGACUAUGAAAUUAUUGAUGCAAGAGAAGAAAACCUUGUGUCGUUCAAGAAAGUGAGAAGUUUACAAGAGUUCAGCCAGUGGAUAGUGGAGCGCAUUGGGUCGUCCUUAAUGAACUCCCUUGAAGUAGGGGCCUUCUUUCUUCAGUUUCUGGAAUGGUUCUAUACAAGUAAUACUACACCAAGAUCCAUCAUUGCACAGCCCAUCCCACCACCACCACAGGUGAUGGGUGUACCGACCAGUGGCUCAUCAACUGAAUGUCCAUUGUGCUUCAAGAAACGUAAACAAGACACCGCUUUAUCUGUUUCUGGAUAUGUGUUUUGUUAUGGCUGUAUCCUGCAGUACGUUAGGCAAGAAAAAAAGUGUCCAGUGACAGGUUAUCCAGCAUCACCAGGUCAACUCAUCAGAAUAUAUCAAGCGAUAUGAGUUUUUAAGUCAAUGAGUCUGACCACCACCACCACCACUGAAAGAAGACCCAUUUCUAAGCCACACAAGCAGUGACCAAAUCGUGAGUGAGCACUGGUGAUGACACAUCACUACUGCAACCACCAAGAAACCACACAGUGCAACAACUGCCCGAGGAACACACACCACCACUGAACUGUUAGCAGCUUCACAACACAGCUGGUGGUGAGAUGCAGCCACCACCACCAUUACUGCUGCUGUGGUGGUGUGGUGAAUGCAGAACACUCCCUCCUUCCCUCUUGGCUGAGCUGUAGUGGAUGCUGUCAUGCUGUGGACAAGAAGAGCUGGUAGAGAGUUACCUUACACACACACAAAUUGAUAAAUGGAAUGGACCAAGUGGACAAUGAGUAUCUGAUCCUGAGAGAAGAAUAUGCCAGUCGAAGCACAAGAUCGCAUAGUAAGAAGCUGAGGAAGGGAAGAUGUGUAAGAGAUAUUAAAAAGCAUAGUUUCCUGAAAAGAUGUGUUGAGACGUGGAACAGUUUGAAUGAAGAAGUAGUGUCUGCAACGAGUGUGCAUACUUUUAAAGUAAGAUUGGAUAAGUGUAGAUAUGGAGACGGGGCCACACGAGCAUAAAGCCCAGGCCCUGUAAAACUACAACUAGGUAAAUACACACACACACAGAGAGAGAAAGAGAGAGCGAGCCUUGUGUGAAAACAGCCCCCAAGAGAAGCAUUACAGCAGGCGUUGGAACCUGCAUUGAUCUAGACCACAUGUACAUGGGGCUAGGGGGCCAUAGGAUUCACCUGUCUCCAAAAUGAGCAAGAUUUGGGUACCGUAUAGAAUAGAAAAUAGAGGAAGAGAAGGAAGGAACUAGAUAGCGCUGCCAGACAUACGGGAUCAAAACAAAUGCCAUGUUUUGUGCUUAUCGAAAUACCAGUUGGCUUGAAGAGACUGGGUAAUAAUAACCCAAACUAGGAAUUUUCUGGAUUUAGAGAGGAAAGGUAACAUGAAGAGGCUGAUAAACAUGGAAAGGGAGAUAAGAUACAUGAAGGUGAUGUCAAGUAUGAUGGAAAAACAAGACAAUAAAAGAAAACACUGAACUAAAA